AUGGCAACUAAAUUAUUUUGUUUUUUGGAAAUAAUUGGAGUUGGAUACAAAGCCAGUACUAAUGCACAAGGCUCUAUUUUAUAUUUAAAAUUAGGAUUUAGUCAUGAGAUUCGACUUCAAGUUACACCUUCAGUUCGCGUUUUUUGCUUAAAGCCUAAUCUCAUUUGUUGUACUGGAAUGGAUCAUCAAAAAGUCACUCAAUUUGCUGCCACUGUCAAAAGUUGUAAACCUCCUGAAGUUUAUAAAGGGAAGGGUAUACACCUUCAACACCAUCCUACUAAGAAAUAA